AUGUCUAUGAGAAUAUCGAAUAAACAGAGGCUGUCGUUGCCCUUUGACAAUGAAGACGAAUUAAAUGAAGCAGAAGUGGAUAUCCCUAAAGGAUGGUUCCGCAAAAUACUAUAUUAUAUGACAAUAUCUCCAUCAGAUAUUCAGUUAAUAUUAUAUGAACAAAUAGAAUCUAUAAAUUGGGAUGCAAAAGCGAUUGAAAUUGCCAAACCUUUAGGGAUUGGUGCCACUAUAAUGUUCUAUAUAUUGAGAUUGUUGCAGGACAAUGUAGUGAGACCAAAUUACUAUAAAGAAUAUAGAAAUCGAAAUGCAUUUGAUUUAUCCAAAUCACAAACUUUAAAGGAGAUGCCAUACUUAGAUCAAUAUGUAUCAUCUAAAAUAUGCGUCGAAAGGAAGCAAUAUGCAUGGUAUAGUACUAUCGACACAAGUAUAAAUUGUAUGUUGUUUGUAUUGAUACUGAUAGAUGUCAAAAUAUCAUUCACAUAUCUUUUUCAGCAGUUUAGAACAUAUUCGAUAUUCAACAAUGAGCCUUCCAAAAAUUCACCAAAUUUAACUAAAUGUUCUCUAGAUGAUCUUUCAAAGAGCUACUACAAAGAUAUGAGUAGGAAAAAUAUAUGGUCCAUGUUAAAAUAUUUUAUAUUUGAAAAAACUAACGGUGAAGUGCUGGAUCAUGAACUAAGUGGUAAGCAUUUCUAUACUUUGAAUAAAUGGAAACCAACAAAAUUUACGACCCAACUUUUUGUCUAUUUUAACCCUACUACAAUCGGUUUCCUUUGGAUUUCAGAUGUCUCUUUCAGAACCUUCUCAAUCGUGGUAUUAAACUGGAUUAUUUUAAAUUUUGUGAUAGUGAAGAGAUAUGAGGUGAAAUUAGUAGAUGAAUCAAUAAUAUUAUCUGCAACAAUUGAUGACAUGCAGAAAAAAAUUAUAGAACCUACUGUAAACAAAAUAUUUCAAAAUGUUAUGAUAGACGCAACAAAUCAUAAAUUGCCAUACGCAAAGUUUGAACCAUCCAUUAUUCAUAAUCCAAUCUUUGAGACACACUCUUUGAAUGGUGAUUUGAUUAGGGAGAAAUAUAACAAAUUAACUUUUGAAUUUGAGGAUGUUCCAAACGAAACUAAUGUGCAUAAUAUGGUAAUGAAAUAA